CCCGCCCCGUUUCCCUGGCCCCUCCCUCUCCCCAGCCCGAUCCGCCCGCCCGCUCCCCCUCCCCCGAUCCCUCGGGUCCCGGGAUGGGGGGGCGGUGAGGCAGCCACAGCCCCCCGCCCCCAUGGCCACCCGUCGGAGCCAGAAGCGGAGGGGGCGCCGGGGGGAGCCCGGCACCGCCCUGCUGGCCCCGCUCGUGCUGGGCCUGGGCCUGGCGCUGGCCUGCCUUGGCCUCCUGCUGGCCGUGGUCAGCCUGGGGAGCCGGGCAUCGCUGUCUGCCCAGGAGCCUUCGCAGGGGGAGCUGGUGGCAGAGGAGGACCAAGACCCGCUGGACCUGAAUCCCCAGACAGAGGAAAGCCAGGACACCGUGUCUUUCCUGAAACUGGUUCGGCCUCGCAGAAGUGCACCUAAAGGCCGGAAACCACGGGCUCGCAGAGCGAUUGCAGCCCACUUUGAAGUUCACCCACGGCCGGGACAGGAUGGAGCACAGGCAGGUGUGGACGGGACGGUGAGUGGCUGGGAGGAGGCCAAAAUCAACAGCUCCAACCCACUGCGCUAUGAUCGCCAAAGCGGGGAGUUUAUAGUCACCCGGGCUGGGCUCUACUACCUGUAUUGUCAGGUUCACUUUGAUGAGGGAAAGGCUGUCUACCUGAAGCUGGACUUGCUGGUGGAUGACACACUCGCCCUGCGCUGCCUGGAGGAGUUCUCGGCCACGGCAGCGAGCUCCCUCGGGCCCCAGCUCCGUCUCUGCCAGGUGUCUGGGCUGUUGCCCCUGCGGCCAGGGUCCUCCCUGCGGAUCCGCACCCUCCCCUGGGCCCAUCUCAAGGCCGCCCCCUUCCUUACCUACUUUGGACUCUUCCAAGUUCACUGAGGGGCCCUGGUCUCUUGGUGGCUUGCCCAGGCCGCCGGCUCCCUACAGCAGCUCUCUGAGCACACACACACCCUCCCCCCUCCCCUCUGUCCCACCCUAAGAUGCUCCUCCCCCAGACCUGCCUCUCCUGCGGGGCUCUCACUUGAUGCCCAUGCCACAUAAAUACUCCCAUCCAGCUCCGACCACACCCCCACCUCUGGCUCCCCACCUCACCAGCCCCCAAACCCCUGAUCUUUCCCUGCCCCCAUUUGUCUCCUGACUCCCCACCCUGGCCGCAGCCCCCCAAGACACUGUGUUUACUGUACUCUGGGUGACGAUGGAUCCUGAAUACCCCUCUUCAGGCACUGAGAGGGGCUGGAUGCCAGAGAGACUGGGACUAGGCCAGGAGUUCCCAAAUGUGAGGGGUAAGAGACCAAGGCAGGCUCCUCCCUUGAUAAUUCCCUGUGGAUUUUUAAAAGAUAUUAUUUUUAUUAUUAUUGUGACAAAAUGUUGAUAAGUGGAUAUUAAAGAGAAUAAAUCAU